UCAGUGGUUGAACAUCAGCCUAUGAACCAGGAGGUCAGGGUUCGAUUCCUGGUCAAGACACAUGCCCAGAGAGCAACAGGAACUAAGAGGAGCUCAAACCGUUAUAGUCUCGCCUUCAGAACUUUCAGAAAACAUCACAGCCCUGCCAAUACCUUGAUUUGAGCCCAGAAAAACGUCCAGCCCACAGAACAGUCAAACUUCAAGUGAAGGCCGGUCUUCAAGCAACAGCGACGCAAGAUGGCAGCCAGCACGGGCUUGGGAGUAAAAGUCCCUCGCAAUUUUUCACUGUUGGAAGAACUUGAAGAAGGCCAGAAAGGAGGAAGAGAUUGCACAAUUAGUUGGGGUGUAGAAGAUGAUGAAGACAUGACACUUACAAGAUGGACAGGGAUGAUAAUUGGGCCUCUAAGGACAGUUUAUGAAAACCGAAUGUACAGCCUUAAAAUAGAAUGUGGACCUAAAUACCUUAAAGUACCCCAUGUUGUAAGAUUUGUAACAAAAAUUAAUAUGAAUGGAGUUAAUAGUUCUAAUGGAGUGGUGGACCCAAGGGCCGUAUUAGUGCUAGAGAAAUGGCAUCGUUCAUAUAGUAUCAAACAUGUCCUGCACGAGCUUUGGCACCUAAUGAUGUCUAGUGAAAGUAUGUCACUCCCUCAGCCACCUAAAGGACAGUGUUACAGCAACUAAUCAAAAAGAAAAUCACAGGCCCACUCCUCCCCCAUUCGAUUUAAGCAGUCUUCAAUUUCCACAGUAGUAACUUUUCUAGGUACGUCUUGUAGACAUCAAAGUACUGGAAAGGAAGCUCCUAUUCAAAGGCAGUUUAUCUUAAGAUACUGUAAGUGAUACUAAUUUGUUGUCCGUUUGAAAUAUAUAAGUUGUGCUAUAAUAAAAAGAAAAGAAAAGAAAAAGAGACACAUGCCCAG